UCUCUUCCUUUCUCUCUCUCAGUUUUUUUUUUUUUUCCAGGUUCCGCCGCUGCCCCUUCCGCCUUGGCCCUUCGUGCCUAUAAAAACCCUUUGUCUCGAAAUGCAGAAAAGAGAAUCUUCCUCCCCUCCCCUCCCCUCCCCUUACCCUCUUCCUCCCCUGCCCUGCCCUGCUCGCCUGGCUAUUAAUUAAUUUACUUAGCAGCUGUCAUCAGAAACAGCAUCCUCCUCCUUUUGCUUUUAACCACCUAAAGGCACUCGAUCUGAUAACAGGGAUUUCGCUCAAUCUUCUUCAAGUAGAAGGGUUUUGGCGAGAAUGGCUGAAGGAGGAAUAUCGAGUUUCUGGGGUCCUGUAACGUCCACGACAGAGUGUUGUGAGAAGAAUUAUGCCUAUUCUUCAUAUAUUGCUGAGUUUCACAACACCAUUUCUAACAUUCCAUGCAUUGUUUUGGCACUCGUGGGUCUCAUAAAUGCGCAGAGGCAACGGUUUGAGAAGAGAUUUAGUGUUCUUCACAUAUCUAACAUGAUUCUUGCUAUUGGCAGCAUGAUUUUCCACGCCACUUUGCAACGUGUGCAACAGCAGAGUGAUGAAACCCCUAUGGUAUGGGAGAUGCUCCUGUAUAUGUACAUCCUCUACUCACCAGAUUGGCACUAUCGCAGUACAAUGCCCAUCUUCCUCUUUCUGUAUGGUGCUGUUUUUGCUGCAGUCCAUUCAGUGGUACGUUUGGGAAUUGGUUUCAAGGUGCAUUAUGCGAUCCUCUGCCUCCUCUGCAUCCCUCGAAUGUACAAGUAUUACAUCUACACGCAGGAUGCCUCUGCUAAGCGGCUUGCAAAGAUGUACGUGGCCACCCUUCUCAUCGGUACUUUGUGCUGGCUGUUCGACUGUAUUUUCUGCAAGGAGAUAUCAAGUUGGCCCAUCAACCCACAGGGUCAUGCAUUGUGGCAUGUAUUUAUGGGUUUCAAUUCAUACCUUGCAAACACGUUCUUGAUGUUCUGCCGUGCUCAGCAACGAGGAUGGUCCCCCAAAGUGUUCCAUUUCAUGGGUGUUCUUCCAUAUGUGAAGAUUGAGAAACCGAAAGCUCAAUGAAAGAAGUGAAAAGAUGGAAUUAUAGUUUUGGCAGACAAGAAUUCAAAGAACAUUCUUUCUUUUUUUGUUCAACUAAACGGAUGUUAUGGAUAAAAAGCAAACGUCAAAAUCUUCUCGUUUAAGUAGAAUAUGUACCAUAUUUAUAUGCUUUGCUGCUCGAAGUUUCAGAUUAUACAUGGUUUUGACAGCUUCUUUUUUA